GAAGCUGGUCCCUUUUCGUUCCCUCCCAGUGAUGUGGGGGAGCUGUUAGCUUCACCAGCAGCUGCAGAGCAGCAGGGGUGGCCCAUGGACCUGCCAGAGAGCCAGGCGGGUGGCCCUGCUGCCGAAGUGUACCUCUUGGACCAGCCAGAGGAGGGGAGCCUGGGGACACCGCUCAGCUUAGAGGAACAAAUACUCAACUCCACGUUUGAAGCUUGUGACCCCCAGAGGACAGGCACUGUGGCUGUGACCCAUGUACUAGCCUACCUGGAGGCUGUGACGGGACGGGGUCCCCAGGAUGCACGCCUCCAAACACUGGCCUGCAGCCUGGACCCCAAUGGCGAGGGCCCUCAGGCCACUGUGGACUUGGACACCUUCCUGGUCAUCAUGCGGGACUGGAUUGCUGCCUGUCAGCUGGAUGGGGGAUUAGAGCUGGAAGAGGAGACCGCCUUUGAGGGAACCCUGACCUCCCAGCAACUGCCAUCUGGAUGCUCAGAAGCUGAGGAUCCAGCCAACCUGGAGAGCUUCGGAGGCGAAGACCCCAGACCUGAGUUGCCCACCACAGCUGACCUGCUGAGCAGCCUGGAGGACUUGGAGCUCAGCAACCGCCGGCUGGCCGGGGAGAACGCCAAACUGCAGCGCAGUGUGGAGACAGCCGAGGAGGGUUCCCUGCACCUUGGGGAGGAAAUUUUGGCUUUGCGCAAGCAGCUCCGCAGUACCCAACAGGCUCUGCAGUUUGCCAAGGCCGUGGAUGAGGAACUGGAGGACCUGAAGACUCUGGCCAAGAGCCUGGAGGAACAGAAUCACGGCCUUCUGGCCCAAGCCCGGCAGACGGAAAAGGAGCAGCAGCAGCUGGUGGCUGAGAUAGAGAGUCUGCAGGAGGAGAAUGAGAAGCUGCUGGCCGAGCGGGAUGGAGUGAAAAGGAGGAGUGAGGAGCUGGCCACGGAGAAAGAUGCUUUGAAGCGGCAGCUCUACGAGUGUGAACGCCUCAUUUGCCAGCGAGACGCCAUCCUCUCCGAGCGCACUCGCCACGCGGAGAGUCUGGCCAAGACCUUGGAGGAGUACAGAACUACAAUCCAGGAACUGAGGCUGGAAAUUUCACACCUGGAGGAGCAGCUGAGUCAGACCCAUGAGGGGCUGGAUGAGCUACCCGAAGGGGCUCAGGUGAGGAGAGUGGACUGGACCAAGGUGCCACGACCAUCGCUGGGUGUGGAGAUCCAGGCCAUUCGGCAGAAACAAGAAAUGGCAGCCGCCGAUCUCUCCAACCCUUUGUGUGGCGUGUGGCAGUGGGAGGAGGUCAUCAAUGAGACCAAUGAGGAAGCUGAGUUUCCACCUGAAGCCCCAACUGGGGGGCAGAGAAACUCCCAGGGAGAGCCUGCAUACCCUCAUGAAGGAAGGAAGGAGCGAUCAAUGUGGUUACCCAGGAGAGAAGAAGAGGAAGCAGAGAUCCCGGUCAUGGUGGAUCUCCCCAUCCCUCUGGGAGACUCACACCCUGGAGACAUCCCAGGAAGCCCUCCUGAGAGCAGGCCCUCAGAGCCGGAGCUGCAGCAAGCCCUGGUGCCGGUGGUGAAGGAGCUGGUCCCAGUCAGGAGGCCAGUCUGGGGCCACCUCUGCCUGCGCCCCCUGCACCCCCAGCAGCUCAGGUGCACCCCAAGGCGUCUCCAGAAGGAGGGUGAUGGUCAGACAGGGCACUGCCGGGAUACCAUGGGCUCCCCUGGGUCCCCCAAGCACUGUGCUGCCUCCCCACAGAGUCACUCGGCACCCGCUGAUCCUGGCACCAGUCCUGGGCCUGCUGCUGCUGCUGCUACUGCUGCUGCUGCUCUCGGUCCGGCUGCUGGGCCAGUCCCCGCCCCCCACCUGGCCCCACCUCCAGCUCUGCUACCUCCAGCCGCCUCCAGUAUGAGGCACGCAUCCCGCCGCCUCAGAGCGGCGUCUAGUUCAGUGAUUUAACUGGGGCUCUUUUUACUGUUAAUCCCGUGGGUGUGCAACUGUGAUUUGGGAUUAUCCCACUGCCGGGACCCUAGAUACAGUGCUCCAGUGUCCACAGCCCUGUAUUGGGUUUUUAUGUGAAGUCUCUUGUUUUUUUAACGUUGACAGCUACAUUUCUUAACAAUAGCAAAACACAACCAAUAAUGGAUUAAGCACUAGGGGUUAUAUUUCCCUCACAAAACAAGUCUGGAGGAGGGCAGUUGUGGACCCACAGCUCAGUCUCCAUAGCACCGGGACCAGCAUGCUGUGAUUCUCUGUGACUCUCUUGGCCCUUCCCCUGUGCUCAGGAGGUGGCAGGUGUUGUAGCUUCAUACGUCAUAUCUGCAGGGAGAAGGGGACACAUCUCUUCCUUUUUAUAAAGAAAAGCAAUAGCCUUCCCAGAGCCAACAGCAGACUCUGUCUCGUCAGCCAGAACUGUUUGGCAUGACCACCCCUAGCUGCAAGGGCAACUCGGAGAGCAAGGCAUCUCUCUUGGCAGAAAGAGGGAGAACAAGAUGUGGGCCAGCCACACACAUAGAUGUCACCAAUGGCCAGCAGGAAAGGGUGUGCCAUUUGUUCAUUCAGCAAACACUUAGUGAUCAUCUAUUUGCCAUGGCUAGACCUUAGAAGACAGAAAAAUAGACCCUCCAAUGCCAGGCUGAGGAGCAUUGAUUUUUCUCCUGAGGAUGAUGGGAGUUUGGGGGACAUUUAAUUACUUGUUUUUGGUUAUUUACUUUGUAAUUGAGGUAUAACUUACAUA